CAUUUUCAGUUCGAGUAUUUAAACCCUUAUCCUCUAAUAUCCUCAUUCCUUCACUUCACUACCUUCUUCAUUCUAUCACCAUGUCUGUAACUUCCACCACUCCCCUCUUCAAAUCCCUCACCAUAGCCGCACUCUUCCACACCAAAACCAAACCUACCUUCUUCUCACUCCCCUCCAAACCCUUCAAACUCCAUCUCUCCCUCAAUUCCUCACCCUCUCUCACUCUCUCCCACAAAACCAACCGCGCUACACCUCUCUUCGCCGCGCAAGAAGGGGACACGCUAACCACAGACGAAGAAGGUGCCGUUGAAACCGACGGACUUCUCGAUUGGGGGGAACCCGAAACUGCUGAAAACGAGACUGGUGAAGACGACUCUGUGGGAGGUGAUUUUGCGGAACCGCCAGAAGAUGCGAAAUUGUUCGUUGGUAAUUUGCCUUAUGAUGUUGAUAGUGAGAAACUCGCCAUGCUUUUUGAGUCGGCUGGAACUGUAGAGAUUGCUGAGGUUAUUUAUAACAGGGAAACUGACCGGAGUCGCGGAUUUGGAUUUGUAACCAUGAGUACUGUUGAAGAAGCUGAAGCUGGUGUGGAGAAAUUCAGCGGCUAUGAUUAUAAUGGAAGAGCCUUGACUGUGAAUAAGGCUGCUCCAAGAGGAACAAGGCCAGAGCGGGAAGAGCGCGCACCUCGUACAUAUGAACCUGUCACGAGAGUUUAUGUUGGUAACUUAUCAUGGGAAGUUGAUGAUAGUAUACUUGAGCAAGUUUUCAGUGAACAUGGUAAGGUUGUGAGUGCUCGAGUAGUCUAUGAUAGAGAGACUGGUCGAUCACGUGGCUUUGGCUUUGUCACUUUGUCUGAUGAGAAAGAAAUGAGUGAUGCCAUUGCUGCCCUUGAUGGUCAGAUUGUGGAAGGGAGGGCAAUAAAAGUGAGUGUUGCUAUAGACAGGCCCAGGCGGGGCUCCUUUUGAGUGGUGCUGCAAGUAAUCUGCUAAUGUUAAAUCUCUAUUUUAAUAGCUGAGGAUAUAGUAGAAAUUCUACUUACAUAAUUUUCUUCUCAUGCAGACGGUUUCAAGUUUUUGCAUUUUCUGUCGACUAUUUGCUAGUACAAUUUAUGAAAUGAAAAAAUCGGAGAGGUGGAGUGUAGGUAGGGGUAGUUCUUACUAUCACAAAUGUCUAUUAGCAGGAAAUUUUCUACCAUAUUGUUUUACAGUACUUGAAUGUAUUCGGAUGAAUUAUUUAUUGUGUCAUAUUGAUGUGUUUUAAUA